UGGCCUCCAAAAUGCAUCUAGGGUUGGGGCCGUCGAGAGAGAAGGCGAGCAGCGGCAGCCAUGGUUCUCAAGUUUUCUUAUUCGCUAAUUCAAAAUGCAAGAGGUACUUCCACAACAGGCUCAAGCCUUCGAAGCUUACCUGGACUGCGAUGUAUAGAAAGCAGCAUAAGAAGGAUAUCCAUGCUGAAGCUGUGAAGAAGAGGCGCCGAACUACUAAGAAACCUUACUCUAGGUCAAUUGUUGGCGCUACUUUAGAGGUGAUUCAGAAGAAAAGAACUGAGAAGCCACAAGUACGGGAUGCUGCCUUACGUGAAAUCAAGGAAAGAAUUAAGAAGACCAGGGAUGAGAAGAAGGCGAAGAAGGCGGAAACAUUGGCAAAGACACAAAAAAACUCAUAGACUAAGAGCGUGGCCAAGGGACCAGCAUCGAAAGGCCCUAAGCUUGGAGGUGGUGGUGGAAAGCGCUGAACACCUAGUAUUUCUCUAGUAGAAGAAAGGCAAUAGGACAUUAAAUUGAGUAAAAAGAUUUCACUUUUGUAAGAGUAUUCAGGCAUUUGCAUAUUCAUAUGUGCUGGUAUUUGCAUGUUCAU